UUUCAACUGAGGCAAUUUUUCCCUCACCUCGAUGAUGGACUAGAGGGUCAAAGUAAUGAACCUGCAUCAAAAAAGCAUUGCAGUACCCAAGUGCCACCAGCAACUCUUCAGGAAGAUCUUAGUGAUUGCAAAACAUUUUCAGAUGUUUUAACACGUCUGGAAAAAGAAAUGCCAAAUUUGAAAGUUUUCACUUUUGAGCGACUAGAUUGGUUAAAAAGAGCUUCUUCACUGCCAAAUUCAACAAAUGAAAAUCCUGUUGAAACAUCAAAAGAGCAUACUUUUCAUUCUUUAAAUAAACUAAGAACAGGAUCGCAGGGCCCUAUUACCACUGAUAAGGCUGCUGUAAUUGAACUGUUGUUUCCUUCUGUCUUCAGAGCUAUUGUUUCAUUGCAUCCAGCUGAUUCUAUUGACCCAGAUGCAGUAGCUUUCUUUUCACCAGAUGAGGGAGGCAGCUAUGUACAUACAAGAGGUUUUUCAGUUCAUCAUGUAUUCAGACAUAUCACGGAGCAUGCUGCAAUGGCACUGCAACAUUUUCUGGGUAUUGGGACUGAAACAGCACUUUAUUUCCUUUUGCAUUGGAUCUGCAGCUAUCAAACGCUCUUUACUAAAGUUUGCAGUAAGUGUGGGCGGCUACUGGCAAUGGACCGAGAAUCAUCAUUAUUGCUACCUCCAGUUCAUCGACCUUACCGGCAUUUUUCAGCUCUGAAAGUUUCAUCAACCCCUGCCACUUCCUCAACCAAGGACCAGUUUCCAGGAGCUUAUCAUAUUGGUUGCUUUUCAGAGGACUUGUAGUUUCUCUCACUUUAGCCGACUCGAUGAUGUUUGACUACUUUGAGAUGCCUAUCUGUGACGUAUGAGGCAUUUUACAGGUUCACCUAGGAAUGAUAUUUCAUUAAUCUUGGUGAGAAAUUGUAAGAAUUGAUAUCGCACAAGAUAUGGCAGAAUGACUCUAGCUUUUUACAUACUGUAAUUAUGAUCAUUUUUUUUUAA